AUGGUAUCUGCACCCGAGUUGAAGAACUACUUGGACAAGUCAGUUGUGGUGGAGCUCAACGGGGGCCGCAGCGUCAGCGGCGUGCUCCGAGGAUACGAUGUGUUCAUGAACGUGACGCUAGCGGAAGCGCUUGAACACAGCAAGAAGGACAAGCUCCUGCUAGGCACGGUGGUGAUCCGGGGCAACUCGAUUCUCUCCGUGGAGGCUACAGCAUAG